AUGGCGAUUGGGAAAUUCGACCGUAUAGUCGCCCCAGCACCAUUUUCUACCGGAUUUGUAUUUCUGCCAACCUAUUCUUCUUUCACAGAUAUUCUUGCAUUUCAUUCAUUCGCGUUUGUUUCCCUUCACAUUCUUCUAUCAUUUCUUCACCUGUUUUUGUCCCAUUUACAGAACGAUUCUUCCUUUCCUUCUAGUUCUACUCACUUCUUCAUUGCAUCGCUUUUUAAAUAUACUCUGUUUUCUCUAUUUCUCCUCCCUUUAACUUACUUUCUUUUUUCUUUUCUUUCUUUCUUUCUUUCUUUCUUUCUUUCUUUCUUUCUUUCUUUCUUUCUUUCUGGCUGGUUGGCUGUCUGUCUGUCUGUAUUUCAUGUUGAUAUUUUCAUUUAUGUCUCUGAUCGUUCUUUCUUUCUUUCUUCCUUUCUUUCUUUCUUUCUUUCUUUCUUUCUUUCUUUCUCUUUCAUGUAUUCUUCCAACCGACAGUUAUCCAUUCUUAAUUUGUCUUCACUUUUAUUUCUGCAAUGUUUGCUUUACUUUUCAUUUUUAUUUUCCUUGGUUGAUUUUUAUUUGAUUCAUUCAUUAUAUUUUUCUUUUCUAUACCUCUCAUUGUAUCUUUCUUUCAAUAUUUUCUUUCUUUCUUUCUUUCUUUCUUUCUUUCUUUCUUUCUUUCUUUCUUUCUUUCUUUCUUCCAUAAUAAAUUUUGCUUUCUAUUUUCACUAUCAGUUCAUGUUGAUAUUUUCAUUUAUGACGCUGAUCGUUCUUUCUUUCUUUCUUUCUUUCUUUCCUUCUUUCUUUCUUUCCUUCUUUCUUUCUUUCUUUCUUUCUUUCUUUCUUUCUUACUUUCUUUCUUUCUUAUUCACGUAUUCUUUAAGUCUAUUUUCCUAUUCAAUACUGGACAAUACUUUUACUUCGGCCCGGUACUUUUUCCCUUUACUCUCUCUUCCCAGUUUGUUUGUUUCUUUAUAUAUGUUUUCUUUUAAACUAUGUUUAUUUUUAAUACAUAUAGACACUUUUUCUUCAUUUUGCAUAUAUUUUUUCUUUAUCUUAUAUCUUUCCAGUUUUUUUCUUUCUUUUUCUUUCAUUCUUUUUUUUCCUCAUUUCAUUCCAAUUUGCUGUUUUUUCUUUAUGUCAUCUUCCUUUCCUCUUGAUUUCUUUCUUUGCUUUUUUCACCUUACAUUAAUAAAUUUUCAUUUCGAGGUCUCCUUUUAA